AUGGCGGCCAUAUUGACUAUGUAUACCCAACCCAGCACGAAGGAUGUUUGUGCGUGCCUGGCACGAUCGCUGUUACAUCGCGGUCGCUGUCAUCGUUGUCGUCGUCGUCGUUGACGUUGUUGUCCCUGUUGUUGUCUACGUUGUAUCCUAAUCGUUGUCGACGCGGUAUAGUGACCAGGACAGUUGAUUCGUAACACGGUGAACGGAUUUGAAUAAAAUCGACGGUUUCUGUUCGCGAGAUGUCAAGUCAAAUAUGCCUGAAAUGGAACAGUUUUUUGAACAACAUCGCGACGAGCUUCGAGAGCUUGUGGGAAGAGGAAGGCCUCGUUGAUGUGACACUGGCCAGUGACGGACAGUGUCUCACUGCUCACAAAGUGAUCCUCUCCGCUAGUAGUCCGUUCUUCAAGAAAGUUUUUCAGACUAAUCCCUGUCAGCAUCCGGUUAUAAUACUACAAGAUGUACACUUCAGUGAAUUGGAAGCCUUACUUAUAUUUAUAUACAAAGGAGAAGUGAACAUCGAACAAAAGAACUUGCCAGCUCUGCUGAAAGCGGCCGAGACCCUACAGAUUCGUGGACUUUCCGGCGGAGACAUAUUUGCUAAGGAGUCGUAUAAGAGGUUAGCGGAAUUAGAGCAAGCUGUUGAAGAGGAAGCAACUACUGCCAAGGAAGACACACCAAAAAAGAAACAGAAACUUAAGCAUCAGAAUAAUUCUAUUCUUGAAACCGUGCUGACACCUAAAGUAACCCAGUUGGAAGGUACGGACGAGUCGACUACCAGUGAUCAAAGCGGGAAAGAUGGGGAUUACCCGUUGCAAAAGAAUCUACAGAAUCCGGUUUAUCAUCGUUUAGAAAUGAAGAUCGAGCCAUUGGAAACAACAGCGGAUGAGGUUCAGAAGCAAUCUGCGGUAGACAAAGAUCCUGUGGAAAGAUUGGACACUGGUCAGAUCGAUGGAAAUCAAGGGUCUGGGAACAGCCCUGCUGAAGACAUUUCCGGUUUAUCUGGGUUAUCCGGCCUAACUGGAUUCUCGGACGUGAAGCCGCUGCUUUACGCGUAUCAGCAGCUACCUUACGCCGAUCUUCUGCCGAGUCCGGAGAUAAUCUCAACCUGGGCGACCUCUCGACCGAUGGAUCAUUUGGCCUGUGACCUUAUGAAGAUCCUCUUCACCCCGGAGGAGAGGAUUCUCUGUAACGUAAACGGCAAGAUGGGCAAACAACAGUUCGAUAGUAACAAAAUACACUUGAUAAGAGAAGUUCUGUUGCACUUUAGCGGUAUCGCACCUAACAGCGUCGAAUGGGAAGAGACAUGGAAGAAUUGCGUGACUAAGAUCGACACUAGCAAUAGGGGCUUGAAAAGGUAUUUGUUCCAAAGGCGGUCGAGUCGAUCGUCGAAGCCGGGCGUAACCGUGAUCGCAGAGGCACGAGAAGCCGCGACUCCUUCGCCCGAUCCACGGACGCACGCGACCUACCCGAUCAGUCUCGACGGGACACCGCCUUGGAACCCUUCGAAGACCAUCGAGGAUCUUCAUUCGCCGAAUCAUCCGUGUCCGGAGUCGAUGCCCGAGCAUCAGGAGCCCGCGAACCUUCUCGCGGACCGGGAGGGCAGAGUUCUGCGUUCCGGUUUCCCGGGCUGCACCGGGACCACCGGGAAUUCCGAUUUCCCGGACGAAACGGUGAAGGGCGCCUCGGUGUACCCGCCGUUCCCGUGCCCCUUCUGCGACAGGGCGUACACCAGCUGGGGAUUCCGAAGAAGACACAUCAAAGCGGUCCACACGAUUUCGCCGUCCCUUAAUUGCAAAUGGUGCUUGCAGGUUCUGCCCACGCAUGCGGCUUGGAGGCGACACGUGAUACUGGCGCACAAUCUCUCGGCCAGAGACGCGCACAACGGUCUCCUGAUCUUGGAGGAGGCGCACAUGGUGUUGCAAAUCGCGCGUCCAACCAGGCUAGACACUUUAGUCAACAUAAUUAAGCAAAAUUCCCAGCAGAACAGCAAUCAGGAGAACCCUCAAUCGGAUAAGGAUUGAGGACGCUUCGCGGUCUGUUCGUCGCGCGGUUGGGUUACGUUUCUGUAGACGGUUCCGGAAGCAAAACUGUUCAUCGCGAUUGAUGCGCGUCGAAUGGCAUUCGAUGUGCAACAGGUUUUCAUUUUUAUAUCGUAUAUUUAUUUUCUCGAAGAAUCGCUUUGUGUCGCGAGAGAGCGCAGCUCGCGAUCCUAGGAGCGACACGAUACGAUUCUCCGAUGGUCCAGGUUACGUAUUGCGAUUAUAGCUACGAAUCGCGUAUUAGAAAAGUUGUUACUGAAAGAAAUGGGAGCAUUCUCGACAAGUGCCUUGUCGCUCGUCCCUUCUCUUUAACGUUUUAUACAUGUAUAUUGUCGUUAUAUUUGUACAUACCGCUUUUAUAGUCAUCACCUAUGGCCAGUAUCGCGCUGCGUUGCGCACAGUAUUUUUUAUUGUUGUAUUAACAAGAGUUUUAUAUAAAACGAAUAAACGUUUAACAGCGUGGCAAGGGACAGUCUCGUUAGUGAUGGAGGAACGUCACCAGCUGUGUCGGAUGUUUUAAGUCGUUUAUUUUUUCAAAAUAUUCUUGACAGUAUCGUGCAUCAGUCGACUGACAUUUUUUAUGAAUAUUUUCUCUCGAAAAAGUGACAGGAGUUUCGUGCUUUCAUUGAAAUCGACUCGUGCAGGGAUGUAAAUUUUUUUUUUCAUUGAUCUCUCGCAAGUCCGUUACGAUUACGGUUCGAUUCCGUUUGACAAAUGAAUACCGUUGCGUGCGAUAAAGCGGUGUGAAAAGGGUUGCUAACGAUUCAUAACGUGAAUUCCGAAGAAUCUCUUGCUUCGCAACGGUCGCGCGACGUGCACGUUCGCUAGCCUAAUCUCCUCGAAAUCGUUUUUAUUCGGGGUUCCCCUGUUUCUAUAUCCGAUCCGUGUCUCGUUUUGUAUGCGUUUUGAACGUCGGUCGCGCGAUUUCGCUUCGUUCGGCCAAUCCGUGGAAAGAGUGAUCGAAUGUUCGCGUCGGUAAGGAGUAUUGCUAACUGUUGGAGAAACUUGGCGCGUUCUGAAUGGAAAACGUUCGAUGAGAAAGAUUAUUGUACAUUGGACAGAGAGGCACCGGCGUCACGGUUUCUCGAGGUACGGAAAUUACAAAAGAGGCUCACCGGCAAAAAAGAUCG